UAGUCAAAAGAUCUCUCCGCCGCGCUCACACACGCGCAACUCUCACUCCCGCAACACCUCCAUUACCAGCUUGCACUCUGUCCCCGAGGACGCUCCCCUAGCACCCACCAUGUCCUCUCCAACUCUCGACCCAAAGUCCCGCUCGCAACCUGAGAUAGGUACUUUAUCUACACUCUCCGCCGCGCCCCUUCCGGGAGACUCAACGCACGCGGGCACGGCUCUCCUGGGCGAAGAUUCAGGCACUAAGUCGCCUCAAAGCCCAUACUCUACGACUACUAUCCCAGGGCUUUCCCGUAAUCCAUCGUUCUCGAAUAGCAGCAUCUACCGCGAUGACGCCUCAGACGACGGCUCGUUUUUCCCUCCCGUGGAGCGACUCACUAUGUUCGACUUCCUCGAGAACCUCGCUCUACCACAACGGCUCGAAAAGCUGCAAACAAGCAUCCAGCAGCAGACUGAGAAGGUGCGGCGGCAGCAAGCACGGUUGAAAUCGACAGGCCAGUCCGCAAAAGAUAGAGUAGUCGACGAAUGGCGUCGGCGACUCCCAACGCCAGACGAGCAGCUGGAUAAAUACAAGAAGCGAAUGAAGGAAAGCGUUGAGAAGCUCGGUACGAGAUGGAACGACAACAAGGCUGUUACGAUGCGUGAGAAGCUCUCCUUCAUCUCCGGUGUCAUGAACAUCUUUGUUUCGGGUUACCUGAUCGGUGCACAUCCGGAGUGGUUUCAUUACUGGUACACGGUGCAGCUCCUAUAUUUCAUGCCCAUCCGAUACUACACCUACCAUAAAAAAGGCUACCAUUACUUCCUCGCCGAUCUUUGCUACUUCGUCAACCUCCUCGCUUUGUUGAGCAUCUGGAUAUUCCCGACCUCAAAACGGCUCUUCAUAAGUACAUAUUGCCUAGCCAUGGGAAACAACGCCGUCGCCAUAGCCAUGUGGCGGAACUCUCUCGUCUUCCACUCUCUCGACAAAGUCACCAGCCUGUUCAUCCACAUCAUGCCCUGCGUAACCCUCCACUGCCUCGUGCACCUCCUCCCCCCACCCCUCCAAGCAUCCCGCUUCCCCGCCAUCCACACCAUCAAAACCUCCCCGCCCACCUCCCCCGAGCACUACACCCUCCCGCAAAUGCUCCUCUGGGCCACCUGCCCCUACGCCAUCUGGCAGCUCUCCUACCACCUCCUCAUCACCGUCCGACGGCGCGAGAAAAUCCGCGCCGGCCGCCCCACCUCCUUCACCUGGUUGCGCAAAUCCUACGCGCCCACCCUCCUCGGCAAACUCGUGCUCUCGCUCCCAGACUCGCUCCAGGAACCGGCGUUCAUGCUGAUCCAGUACUCGUACGCCUGCGUCACGAUGCUGCCCUGCCCCAUCUGGUUCUGGUACCGGUGGGCGAGCGGCGGGUUCCUUGCGGCGGUGUUCAUCUGGAGCGUGUACAAUGGCGCGACGUACUACAUCGAUGUGUUUGGGAACCGGUGGCAGAAGGAGCUGGAGGCGUUGAGGCGGGAUGUCGCGAAGUGGCAGGGGAGUCCGGAGGGGCUGGGGGCUGGCGCGGUGACGCCGGGGGUAACUCCUCACGGCAACGGCGAGGCGGAGAAGGAUGCCGCGAAGGAUUCGAAGCAGGAGGAUGCGCGGCGGGCGUCGCUGGAGAGGAUUCCGCCGCUUGAUGGGGGCGCGGCGACGGGGGCGAAGGUUGAAAGUCUGGGAACAGGAGAGGGGGAGGGGCUUAGGGAGAGGAAGUGAGCUGCCUCCAUGCGUAAGGGGAGUGAGCGUGUUCUUUUGAAUUUGUUUGAUGAAUGUACGAUUUUUACAGUUGAUUAUGCUUUUUUAAUUGGUUUUGGCGCGGGCUUUCAUAUACCGCGUUUCGUUGUAUUGCAUACGCAUGGAGGCACUCUAGACUGGAAUUGGGCACGUCGCAUAUACCCCUCUCGUACGCUAUAUAAUAAUCUAUGACCCCUUUUGUAAGUCAGC